AUGGCGUUCCCCUACAUCGACACGCCGCGAACUGAAAUCGACGGGAACGCGACCUACCUGACCAACGGCUUUCGCAGCGUGGGGCGAACACACCUGUCUGCCCUCGAUUCCGUGGAAAACUCGUUCCAUACUCCAUCCAAGGAUAACGAUGUGAUCAAGGGUUUCGAUGAUGGGCGGAAACGCGCGUCGGGGAGCUUCAAGCUCGGCACCCCACGCGCAGCUUCGGGGCCCAAGUCAACGAGGAGCGCGUUGAGGCAUCUUCCGGCCGCUGGCCCUGCCAAGGGAGAGUUUACUCCCAUGAUGAAGAGCGCGACGAAGAACAAUUAUCUGAAGAACAUGUCCGCGGCUCGUGGGACAAGCGACCCCAAGACCCCAGGCUAUUUGAGGGAGGGCCACCGGAGCAGCGCCCAUACGCCUGGUCUCCCUGCCAUGGAUAUGUCCGAUAUAUACGAGGCAGAUGCGACGGCGGACCAAGCGACUCCAGUGCCGCAAGUGGCCAGUAGCAGUGCACAAAGUACACCACUCCCGGCUCUUCCAGGACGCGAUGGAGGGAUAUUAGGCGACGGACAGAAUAUUAUGACGCUAAAAGAGCAAGAGCGGAUCAUCGACAGGCUUGAUAAAGAUAACUGGAACUUGAAACUCAAAAUCCAUUAUCUGGAGGAGCAGUUAGACAAAGCGGGCCCAGAAUACAACAACGCAGCGCUCAAAGAGAACACAGAGCUCAAAGUCCUGCGAUUGACGAUGCAACGCGAUAUCUCCCGGUACAAGAAAAGUCUCCUGCAAGCCGAACGCGACCUCGAAGAUUACCGUCAACAGCUCAUGGAUAUGCGAGACAAGAUCCGAAAGCGGCAAACGGAUGAGACGGUGCAACGAGAGAUGGAGCUGAUGCGCGAGGAAAUCGAAUCGAGAGACAUCCAACUCAGGGAACUUCGCGAGGAAUUGAGACAAACCAAAGACCAACAAUCUCAGGAGAUGGAUAAACUUCGGGAUGAUGUCGAGGACUUGGAAGCGACGGUCAGAGAGAAGGACCGGACCAUCGAGGAACGCGACGAGGAGCUCGAGGACUUGCGAGAACAUGGCGGCAAAGACAACGAUGCGGUUUCGGAGCUCCAAGGCGAACUAGAACGUGCCAAGGAGCAGAUGCAAGAGCUUCAAGACAGCCUCGACCAGGCCAAGUCAGACGCCAGGGAAGCAGCCGAUGCCGCACACCAAGCCAUUGAGGAGAAGAGCCGUGCCGACGAAGACCUGAGAGAACUACAGGACGAGAUGUCGAAUAAGUCCUUUACUACGAAGGGGCUCAGCCGACAACUGGAGGAGAAGUCCGAUAAACUCGAGGAUGAGCUGCGCGAACUACGACAAGAAAACGAUGCGCUCACGGCAGAAGUCGAGAGUAAAUCCGAAUACGUGGCUCGCUUGGAAGACCGUUGUCAGAGCAUCGAGCAAGAUUUGAAUGGCGAUGCCCGCAAAUUGGUUGAAGACCUUGAACACACCAGGCGUGAACGAGACCAAGCCCAAGAGGAACGUGAGAGGGUUUCUGCUCAAUUACAGGAAGCCCUUGACGAAAUCCAGCGGAGAACCGAAGAAAAACAGCUCCUCCAGACUCGACACAGCGCACUGACAGGCGAAUCGGGAGGGUUGCAAAAUGAACUCGACCGAGCGCAGUCCAGGAUUCGCGAACUCCAGCAGGCGGUUGAAGAGGCCACGCAUCGCGCACAGGACGAUGCUCAAACCACCCACUGGAAGCACCGGGCCGAACUUGACCGUCUCCAAGAAGAAAUGGAAUCCCUUCAGCACGAGAUCGAGGACAAGGAAGGCCACUUUGCACUCGAGCAAGAUAUGUGGGAGAGUACCAAGCGAACCCUGCAGUCACAAAAAGAACGAGCAGAAGAGCAAGCCGCGGGCUUCAAGCGAACCAUCGACAGGCUUCACCAAGCAGAACAUAGCCUUUCUGGGAAAGAAUUUAAGCUUCAAGAGGCCAUUGAAAGCGAAAAGCAACGUUAUUCGCAUGAGGAAGCAAUCUUAAACCGCCAGAUCAAAGAGUUAAACGAUGAUCUUGCAAACCAGAGAGUUACUCUCAACGAGCAGCGCAGCGAACUACUUACGGCAAAAGAGGAGCUUAGAAUGUCUCGACGUGGAGAAGAUGCCCUCAGAGAGAGGACGCAAGCCCUCGAAGACGAGGUGGUUGUUUUGCAAUCAAGCUUGGCGGAUGAGCAAGAAUAUGCCAAGGGCCGGCAACAAAAAGGUUCGCCUGAUUUGGAGAACCAACUGCACAAAGCGAUUGCGGACCGGCAAACGCUCCGUGAUCAGCUUGCUAAUGCCCAUGUUGAGCUACAUGACCUGCGAACCUCGGCAGCCGAGAUUGAGUCCGAGCGCGAUGAGCUUCAGGCUCAGCUCGAUCGGGCCCCCAACGCAGACAACACCACUCGGUUUGACCACGAGAAACUCGAGCUCCGCAAGACAACCACGAGACUCGAAAAUGAACUGAAGCGCCUACGAGACGACAAGUCUGCCCUCAUGGAGGCUAAGGAGACCCUCGAAAAGCAGCUUGGCUCUGAAAUUGAGCGUGCCACAGCAGAGGAGGGCCGACUUUCCUCUGAAAUUGACCGUCUUCAGGACAAGGUGCUCGCGGGCUCUGGUGGCCGAGAUCGAGAACUGACCACGGCAAAGAGCAAAGUGCAGCGUCUGGAACGACGUGUUCAAGAGCUAGAAGCUCUCCUUGAGCAGCAGCCUCCAGGAGACACGGAGCACUCGAGCGCACAUGCAGACCUUUCUUUGCUUCGACACAGCUUAGACGAGGCCCGCAAACGUGAGAGAACUCUCGUUCAACGCGAAGCCGAACAAAAAAGUUCUGCGCGCAACUUCAAGUCACGAGUCGCAGAGCUGGAGAGGGACCUCCAUGACGCCUUGAUGAACAAAUUCGAUUCGAAGUCACCUCAGAACUCCCCCUCUGACAAGCUUCAUGAGGAGCUACGAAGCUUGCGGAAGCAACUCUCGGACGCACACCGCUCCCUCAAGGAGGUCAAAUCCAAAAACCGCGACCUGGAACGCGCUGCGAUGCGGGAGGAAGACCAGAGAGACCUCCACGAGCUGCUCAAGUCGUCAACCAUCGAAGCGGAAGCACUGGCCCUCAAGGUCUCAGAACGUGAUGCAAGGCUGAACGAAAUGAAGACUCAAGUACGCCGAAUCCGUGAAGAACGGGCUUUCUGCGUCCGUAAAGCCGAAACAGCCACCAAGGAGCUCGAGGCACUUCAGCAGCGCUACGACGAAUCCCUUGAAAAGGUCUCCCAGGGCAAAUCAUCUAGCAAGACCAAGCACGAGAAAGAGAUGCGCGGGCUCGGCAAGGAAAUCAUCUGGCUCCGUGCGCGCCUCCACCGGGAGGAGAAGUUCCGUCGCGAUCUGGCAUGGAGCAAGGGCCUGAUGGAACUGGGCGAACGCGUCCGGGUGGCAUGCAACGAGGCCGAUCUCCGCAUGAUCACCGAGAUGAGUGUCCAGGCCCGCGACCGCACGCCAGCCCGCACUCCGCGCCGGAAACUGAGAUCUGCUGUCUCGAUGGUGAUCGCGGCUGUCCGCAUGCAGAGGAUGGGCCAGGACUGGAAACGGACCAAGAAGCUGGGCGAGGGCCUGAAACGGGCUAAGAGCGAAAUGCUGAAGCGCCGCGACAGCUCGAGCAAGGGCCUGCUUGGUCAGUAA